UGACUUGAAACUGAUUCCGUGACACGGCUUAAAACUGCAAUAUCAUCAGUUUUUAAAAACCGUAAAAACAUUGUAUGACUGACUUCAGUUUAUGUGUUGUUUAGACAAUUAACGGGAAAAACCCACAGAAUUUUAAAUGUACAUAACUUGUGGAGUUUAUGUAAAGGACUGUUACACGAUAAGAAAAUCGAUAUCAGUCAGUCACUCCGUGUGUAUGGUGCAAAACACUGAAUCGGCGCACUAUUUUGAAAUUGGCAGUAUAUUGGACAACGUUCUUCAGCCGAAAAGAAAGAUCUAUUUAGCGAAAAUCUGGAGGUCAGUGCCUUUCAGCUAGUGCUUGCCGGGAUAUAUUCUAGAGGUAUUUCAGGAACAGUACACUUGGUGUCACAAUGUUUUUAGGAAGCAAGUUUGUGUAUGUAAGCUCUGGGGAUGAGGAGGAAGAUAUUGUCACUGGUAAUGUGUCGUCCGAGGAGGAGGAUGACCAAACUGAUGAUGGAGAGACAUGUUUACUGGACAUUCUAGAUACAGCCGGACAGGAAGAGUAUUCUGCAAUACGGGAACAGUACACCCGCACUGGAAACUGCUUCGUAAUAAUAUAUAGUGUGACAGAUAAGAACUCGUUCACAGAGGCAGAGUCGCUCUUUGAAUUCUUGAAGAGAGUGAAAGAUGUGAAACAGGGAGAAAAACUGCCAACAGUGCUGGCUGGUAACAAAACUGAUCUGUCAGCUGACAGGCAGGUAACAGCUGAUGAGGGGAAUACACUGGCUACAAAACUUGGGGUACCAUUUGUGGAAACAUCUGCAAAAACUGGAGAAAAUGUGCAGAAGUUGUUUGAAACGUUAAUACGCCAUACGCCUAGAACUAGUGUGGAAUAUAAGGUUGUGAUCUUGGGGUCAGGUGGUGUUGGUAAAUCUUCUGUCACAGUACGCUAUGUCAGCAACACAUUUGUUGAUUCCUAUGACCCAACCAUUGAGGACUCAUACAGAAAACAUGUCAUUGUGAAAGGAAUUCCGGAUGAAAUGAAAAAUGUGCCAAAACAAAAGAAAAAGGAAGCAGGACAUUUUGGUGCAAAACCAAAAAAGACUAUAAACAGAAGAUCUCUUCCCCAGGGUAAUACAUCAAACAUAGAUGACAAAAAUGAGAGUGGAGGAAUAUUGGGCAGCCAGAAACAUGUUUUUAGUGGGAGAAAGAAAAAGGGUGCACCAGUUUUUCAGCAUGCUUCAAAUGACCUGAGUGAUGAUUCGGGUAGCGAUGAAGACGAUUCAGAUUUAGAUAGUGGUAAAAAAAUUAUAGAAGAGAAGAAAGUACGAAAAGCAGAUGGCAAUGUUAUGUUACUGAAAAUGGACAUUCUAGAAGAAGAACCAAAUAUAGUUACAGGAGAUCCUACAAAUUGUAAGGGAUGUGAUGCCAUUUUAUCAUCUACAUCUGUCUUAGAGAAGGAGGAAGAGGGAGAAAAGUUCACAUGGGUCUGUGAAUUCUGCGAGCACAAAAAUACAGGACUGGACAUAACUCCAGAGGAGAUUCCUAAAGGAGACAGCUUUGACUUUGUGUUGACCCCAGCUAGACAGGAAACAGAAGAGGAGGAGGCAGAGGGCGCUACCAAAGAGGAGACAACCCCUGAAAAGAAAGAAGAAAGCAAAGGAAUGGUUGUUUAUUGCAUGGACAUAAGUGGUUCUAUGUCUAGUACUGUGAGGCUCCCUGAAUUACAAGCUCAGUGGAAGAAUGCCAGAGAUAGAACCUCCCACAGUGACAAUUCAAUAUCAAGACUGAAAGCUAUAAAAGAUGCUGCCAGAAGACAGUUGGAAAGAAUGAAGAUUGAGUAUCCAAACAAACAAGUAGCACUUGUCACCUUUGGUUCUACUGUGUAUCUUUGGGGUGAUUGUCACACAGAUUUUCCUAGAUUCUUCUCUGGAGACAUCAUGGAUGACUAUGACAGAUUGAUAGCUGCUGGCAGAGAGUACGCUACUACAAUGGAACUCAGGGGACUGGAAAAUACUUUCACAGGCGUAGAUCAGAAGAUAGGUGACUUAAUGACACAGGGGUCCACAGCUCUUGGUCCAGCUUUGGCAAUAUGUGCUGGAAUCAUUUCGAGCAUUCCACAAUCUGAGGUUGUCUUAUGCACUGACGGGCAGCCAAAUGUGGGCAUUGGAAGAAUAAAUAGAAAUGAAAAUGCAGGACAAUCAUUUUAUGAAAGAAUUGGAGAGUUUGCCAAGGGAAAUAACACCAGGUUAUCUAUUCUUGCUGUGGAAGGGCAAGACACUGGAUUACGACAUGUGCAACAGUGUGCUGUGGUAUCAGGGGGCACAAUCAAUGUCCUAAACCCGUUGGAAAUGAUGAGACAACUUCGUUUGAUAGCUCAGAACUACACAAUAGCUACAGCAGUUGAUGUAACAGUCAUUCUGCACCCUGAUCUUGUAUUUGAUGAACCAGGAUAUCAAGAGGUUUCCAACAGAUUAGUGAAAGAAGUAGGAAAUGCUGCCAAGGAGACAGAUCUGACAUUCAGGUACAAGGCAAAAGAUGCCAAGAAAAAAAUCACCAAGCAGUCCAUACCAUUCCAGGUACAGAUAUCCUACACGCUGAAGUCAGGUAUGAGAUGCCUAAGAGUUCUCAGUAAAGCUCAUGAAGUUACACAGGACAGGAAACAGAUGGAAGAGGGAAUAAAUGUUGCAGUUGUUGGCGUGGCAACCGUUCAGAAGUCAGCACUGAUGGCUUGUCAAGGAAAGACAAAAGAAGCACAAGAACACAUGCGCAAAGUGCAGAAGAUGAUAAAAAGGGGAGCUAAGAAUAGCACACAGUUAGAGGAACAACUUGCCUUCAGAAACGAGUCUGAGGUGCUCAGAACUGAACUGAAGAAAGCUGUAGUAAAAGAUGACCUACGGCACAGGUCAGAUCAGAGGACAAAAGUUUUUACAACAAACAUGAAAAUGGCUAGUAAUCUUUACCACGGAUCUUCAGCACCACAGAAGAUGAAAAUGAUGGAGGCACGAAAACUAAAACAUACUACUGAUGACAGAUUGGUGGCACAAUAUCAUCAGUACAAAAGCUAAAUGUGCACAGCAUCUGAUGAUGUUGAUAAAUUUUUACAUGACUGUAUAUAUUUGUACAUCAUUUUUUGAGUUUAAACCUUGUACAGUAGAGUUUUCACACAUAUAUUAUUAUUUGUUUCUCACCUUCUGAGUAAGAUAAUCUUACCUCAAAUUGUUGUCUCACACUGGUCACAGACUACUGCAGUUCAUGAAGAAUAAGUAUUCUCACUUAUCGGACAGAAGAAUCUCUAUUUUUAGAAAUGCUGGAAAAUCUUAUCUCACAUCUUAUCCCACACCCCUGUGACGGACUACUUCAUGCACUGAAUAUACAUAUUAUUUAUGUAAAAUAAUUAAAAAUCAGGUACCUUCACCUUUUCUCUCCGUUCUUAUAGUGCAUUUCUCGAUUCAAAAUUAGUUACUUUAUGAAAAGUAUGUACUGUUACGCUACAAACGAUAAAACUAAAGCGGAAAAUUGUUAUUGUGCUUCGCUAAAAUGUCAUGACGUAAUUUCUGCUUAUGUUUGUUUUCUCUCAUGUUUGUUUUCAUUGUUUCUGUUGUGGUAAGUGAGAAAUAGAAGCCAUCACUGGUGUUUGGUGAAGAUCGGAAAUCCCAACCCUCGGGCGCACCGCUCAAGUCUUAAACUCGGCACAGCGGUGCGCCCUCGGGUUGGGAUUUUCUGAUCUUAACCGAAGACCAAUGACAGAUUCUCUAUAGAUCUUCGUUAGAACUGUAAAUUACUCGUCAAAUUAUCAUUGUUUAUAUGUACAUGUGUAUUUUUAAACAGUGUGCAUUGUUGUUAACCUUGUAUUGUUGGGUAGAUAUGUAUAUAAAUUGGUCACAACCUUUAGGUGCCAUUUUAUUUUCUUUCAAAUGUAUGAGUUGUAAAAAUUUUGAAAUUUCGUAUCAGUUUUAUAAUUGUUGUUACAUUGUUGUUAAAGUUUGACAUGCAUACACAAAGAAGAGUAGCAAAGUUUUGGAUGGUAUCCAUAACAUGUCGUGACAUCCUAUUUAUACUUCUGAGAAACAGAAACAGUUAUUAAAUUUAUUUAAUUUAGUUUAUUUAGUUCAGAUAAGUUAUUCAAAAUGUGUUCAGCUUAAAGAGUAAUAUGUGUAUAAUAUGUAAAUAUUUUAUUAUUAUUUUUAUUUAUUAUUAACUAUAGGCACUAGCUAGGCAAUGCUUUAUUCUCCUGGAUGAUUAUGUUCCUGAAGGGCAGCAUAUAGUAAUAGGCCAUCUGUCUGACCCCUUGGUUUCCGAUCAAUAACGUAAGAAUGUUUUGAAGCAGAAUGUCAAACAUGGUGGUCAGGUUGGCCUUGACUGGCAGAUGAAUUCUAUGAGAGGAUUAUUUGAAGAUUUAUCGCAACCUCCUACUGUUAUAGAGUAUUGAUCUUGUAAUAAACAACUGAGACAGUAUAAACAGAUUUUGUGCCCACAUGUUAUACAAUAACAGCUUACAUAAGUAAAUGACUCGAUAUUCGGAAAUUUAAAAUAUACAUUCUCACACCCUAUAAAUGACUGUAGCCCCCCUCUUCCUCUUGCGAGUGAUCAAAACAAUAAACAGACACGCGAAAGGUAAGAAUCGUCUUCAAAUUCAUUAUUUUGUUUUACACUGUAUGUGUAUUAAAGUUUAACGAUAAGUCUAACAUAAAUAUGUGUAUAUGGUGAUAUAAUAGAUGAAACUGACAGGUAAUAUUUACAAAAUGUUGACUGAUCACACUCAUUGCAUGAAAAUUCACCCGACCAAGCCACGAAACUGAUGAAUAUCACGCCAAAUUGAUUUGUAAUCCAAUUAUCCAUGAUGCUUUCUGUAAUAUGUAUGCAUACUUCAUAAAUAUAUGUAAAUAAAAUGUUUCGGAUUUAUUGCGUUUUUGAAUGAAAUUGAUUUUCAUCUAGUCUGUGUAAAAACAUUAACUGUAUGCCGACUUGCCAAUUUUGAUAUUUGAUCUGAACGCGUAUUUGCGAGUGAUACUGUAUUCCAUCUUGCGAUUACAGUAGGCGAUUUAUGUUCUUGAAAGGCGUAAAUGAAAUUUAAAAAAAAAUGCAUACAAAAUUGUCUCUUUUGAUCAGUCGUCAUGUUUAUAAUGUCAUUUAAUGUCGAUCCCCUCGUGCGAUGCUUGUACUAAUCCAUUGGAGUGUCUGUGACUCGCUAUCCUACUUAAUUAAAUAAUUAAUUGAAUGCUUCAGCGUCGUUUACAUGCAAGUAUUCAGUGUUGGUUUUACACACAUAUGUCACAAACUGACAUACGGGCCUCAAUGUAUCUGUAGUGUAAAUACAGAUAUCAUCUUUUUGUAAAUUUUUGAGUUAUUGAGGUAAAUGUCAGAUUUUACGCAUAAAACACCUCUCAUGUUUUUCUGUAUUUCAUAAGUUAAAUUUCCAUGUAAAUUUUAUUAAAUUCGAUUCAGUAACAAGAAAGAUGGUAUUUUAUAAACUUCAGUAAUUUAUGUUUUUAUCCCCAAAACCACUAUAACGGGCCUUAAAUUGUAAAUUUCAAUCCGCCCCAAAGUAGUCAGAUUUCCCGGCUAUAUCGUGAUUCCCGUGAAAAUGCAAAUAGUCAGAGUGCACGCAUAAGCCGUGAGUCCCAUGAAAUUUAGUAUUUGGCGGGAUAUUACCCUACAAAUAGACUGGAUUAGAUAUGCCUAGUGCACACCACUUUCGACAUUAGACGAAUUUACGUCAAAUUGAUAUUAUAUUCAUGCUAGCUUUUGUAUUACGUUUAUUUCGCAUUGCAUCGUAUUAAUUUGUGAUUGUAAAUAAUAGCUGCAGUUUAUCAUUUCCUUAUCUAUAAUUUUUCGUCAUAAACUUUUAAUAUAUUUUCCAUACUUUAACUUUAGACUUGUUAGUAAUUUUAGAAAUAAUGGAAGUAAUAAGUGACGUAUUUUAAUCACGUGACGUUUGAACUUAGUAGCACAUAUAUUUUGUAUAAGUAGCACGUAUUAUUUAUGGGAGCAUUCGGAGGUAUGGUGUACCCAAAGGAGCAGUUUUAUGCCCUUACUUAUUUGUUUUGCUAUGGUGCUUACCAUAUGUUAUAUAUUUUAGCUUCUUCCACCAGACGACUUUUACCUGGUGAUGCUGUCACGACCCGGAAGUACAAUAUCCGAGGUUCAUUUGUCUUCUCUCGCCUGGAUGUGAUUUUCCCAGCGCAGAGCUUUUGUCCCAUGGUUGUAAACCGCAAAGACAAUGAUUUUUGUGAUCCACUGAAGUCAGCUCAGGGAUGCAAUCACCUACCAUCAGAGGGAGCCAAAACGGAGUCAACGUAUUCACGGUUUAAAGGGACUUUACCUGAAGAUAUGUUGCAUUUUUGUGCUACUUAAAGUUCAAAGUUAACGGAAACAUCUGUGUCAACGAAAAGUCAGUGUUAGAACUUUAUACUUCAUAAAAGAGUUACUGGGCUCAAAUAUUUUCUUUCUUUCUUAUAAUAAGAUUUUUUCCCACUUUUCAUUUAUUCAUUGUAAAUAAUCAUUUUCUGUAAAUAAAUUUGUAAAUAUUGUAAUGGGUGUUGAUUUGUUCUGAUAGUUAUUGUCCCCGGUACGUCAAUCCUGUCACAACAUAUACUAUCAUAAAAUACGAAUUAGAAACUGAAAGUAUAAACAGGGUCCCUACUAUUUCAUGCAAGAAAUUAACCGUCGAUUCCCUACGGAAAUCAUGGUUACCUGACGAUUUUAAAAUAAAUAUGAGAUGAGACAGGAGGGGACUUUAGGUUGACUCCCGUCUGUCUGUCCGUCUGCAACAAAAUGAUCCUCUGAUUUAAAAAAAACUAUUUCACCCGCAAGUAUCCUGCGAAUAAACGUAUAAAUAGAAAAGGAUAACGAAAACAUUACCGGAAAAGUCGAUUAAGUCCUUAUUGGUAAUUCAGAGUUUACUUCAUGGUAAACCAGUCAACAUGAUUCAAAAGUAGUACAACUAUUUUGUCACGAAUGGCCUAACGGUUUAACUACCCGAUUCCCCCUUCCUCAAUAAUAACAUAAACAUGUUAUCGUUACAAAUACCGUGCGCGAGUAGUACAGCCGUCAUGAUUACUACCUGUUAAGAUUUACUGCUAUUUCUCAGGUUAGAAAUAAUUUACAUUUGAUAGUGAUAACACGUCAGGAAUCUGUCCUUGCGGAUUUGACAUGGUGACCUAGUUUUUGAGCCCAGAUGACCCAAUAUCAAACUCGUCCAAGAUUCUGUUGAUGGUAACAUUAUGACCAAGUUUCAUUAAGAUUGGACCAAAAGUGUGACCUCUCAGUGUUACCAGUCAAAUUGUUAACGACGGACGAGGACGACGGACAACGGACACAGGGUGAUCACAAAAGCACUUCUUGCUCAGGUGAGGUAAUAAACCAACCCUCAUUUUUUCCUGUAAUGGCACUUCUGCUUGUAAAAUGGGAACUUAUUUCAUUCGCAGAAUGUAUUUUCAGUAAAAUAAGACAAGUUUAAUGUUAAAGUUCAUGUGUUUAUGGCAAAUACAAAGACAAAACUAAAAUAAUGCUGUUUACUGUGCGACGCUGUCAAGAAAGCGAUCAACAAAGGAUUAGUGGAUUCAGUCUGGCACCGUUUCACUCCAAUUCACCCCAUUCACUGUUCAUAUUUUCACACCUUAUUAAUUGUAGUUGCGAUUAUAUACUGGUUUCAAUGGUUUGAAAUUCUAAAAAGUAUAGAAUUGUAUGCGACACAUCGUCUAAUUAUGGUCUCAUGAUGGUGAACAUUUAUGCUAAGUUAUUUCAAAAUCCCUUAAUGCAUAAAGAAGUUACGGCACUGACACAAAGAAAGCAGACCAUGUUUUACCUUUAAGUGUUACUUUAAAAAGAAAAAGGAAAAUAAUAAGAUGGACAUUAAGUAGAUAUUGCCGAUGUUUGUACGUAAUCUUUGAGAGAGACAGGUGUAAUAGCACUGAAGUAAUUGCACAACCAAAUAUAUGAGGACACAUAUAUAAACAGACCGAACAGACAAACCGCAUGUUGACCGCUAUAUUCCACCCUCCGUCAAACUUUGUUUGCGGGUUAUAAUUAUGAAGAAGUACUACAGGAGCAUAGGGAACGCCGAUAUUUUAUAAAGAAAUCACUCACAAACAGGCAUACAGUCUGUUUUACGAAACUCGCAAGGACUUGUACAGUAUAUAAACAAGCAUGCAUACAAUCAGGAAAUAACACCGAAUCUUCUUUCAUUGACGGUUAUAAACAAAUUGGAGAAUUUAUCAAUGAUUUGAUUUUAUUUUACCAAACUAGUAUUGUUUCUUUAUCCAUGAAACAGUGAAAUUUACAUGUAGGUCAUUCUUCAAGCAAGAAAAUAAGUACUUUUGACGCCGACAAUGUACAAUUCUGGACAAAAUCAGUGAUCAAUCGAGUUUUUUUGCUAUAAUUCUACCUGUCAUCACACUAACACAUUAUAUACAAAAACAAAUCAUGUUCAGCUUCCAAUAAAAUGUAAAUAUACAUACCUUCAAAGCAAAUCAGUCACUUUAAAAUGUUAUUUUUUAACUUUUAGCUGUCCGUUUAUUGUUUUGAUCACUCGCAAGAGGAAGUGGGGGCUACAGUUGUUUAUAGGGUGUGAUUCUAUGCAUACUGCUUCAAGACACUAGAGCUAUCUGUGAUAACAAUAUUGCCUAGCUGUUCACUUAAGUUUCUCCAUACUGCAAUUCUCUUUCUUGUUUACAACAAUAACAGGAUAUCAGAGCAAGGUCAGAUGAGCGGAGUAACAUUUACACGCAGAACAUGAAUACGUGCAGCAACCGCUGGUAUGGUGCGUCCAUACUGAAAACAACAACAACAGGUUUUAUCAUGAAAAUCUGACAAUGCCGACCUGAAAGAACAAUUUUACAAUUUUCAGUGUUAAGAAUUAUACUUGAUGUGAUGUGAAACUGUGAUAUACACUUUAUUUCAGUUUCAAUACUGUCUCAACUUCCUCUGUUUUAGGGCUGACAAUAUUAGCCAGAAUAUAAAACUCUUUGGUUUUCAGUGUAAACUGUUGAUACAAUUUGGAAUGCAGAGUUGGGGGUGGUUAAUAUGUAAUUUUUCUUUUUCUUUGUCUUAUAUCUUCAUGGUAAUAUAAAAUUGUACUUCUAUAUUGUAUUGAAAAGCAAUCCAUUUUAUCAUACAUUUUUACCAUUUUGCUGUUUUUCAAGUUACCUGUUUGUCUGUCAGUAAUUGAUAACCUAAUGGUAUCUCUACAUGAAACACUUAACAUCUGUGCAUUAUAACUACUGAAUAUGUAACAUCUGUGCAUUAUAACUUCUGAAUAUGUAACAUGUAUGCAACUUCUGAAUAUGUAACAUGUAUGCAACUUCUGAA